GUAAGCAGGUGUCUUCUAGUCUUAAGACCGACCCGGCGGCAACAUCACACACACUCAUCCUCAGCCCUUGGACCACACACACACACACUCCGGAAACACAGAUCAGCGACAGUGAGAAUGGCGUGCCUGAACGAGGUGCACUUUAAACUCCCACUGGGCUCCCUGGAGGAGGUCAAAGAGGAGGUGGAAGCCGUCACAGCUCCGGAAAUCACAGCGCCAGACUACCUGAAGGUCCUGCAGGAGACAGAGUAUGCAUUUAGUCUGGAGAACUGGGUUCUGACGGGCCUGCAGAGCGGCUACAGCACUGACCCUUCUGCACCAGUUCCCACGUCCCCCUCCGGGAUGUGUCCUACCUGUCCCCCGUACUGGAUGAUGUUCAGCAGUCCUCAGGAGAGCAGGCUAGCCAGCCGCUGGAGCAGCGACUUCUGGGAACCCAACCCUCGACCCCGCAGCCGCAGCCUGAACGCUGCCCACUACCGAGCCAUGAAAGACCAGGUGAAGUUUACCAUUUCCGAUUCGGACGAAGACGACUUCUCUGAUAAUGAAGAGGCUACAUUUCCAGGCAACGAAGGAACAAAAUGCAGCCCGCCAAGCUUAACAAGACAAGGGCCAGGGGUGAAAGACCUGCAGUCUCGCUGCUCCUCAAACUUCCUCAACCUGCCUUCAUCCUGCGGCCUCUCAGCUCAGAGGCAUGUCAGAUUCAGACAAGCCUCAGUUUCAGACUCCAGAUCUACAGGAAGUUCCUACAGGAGAAACCAAAGUACAGACCACAGUGGCUCACAUAUGCCUUCCCAGUUUGCCUCACAGUCUCCAGGCCUGGCCCUGGCCCUCUCGCGGCCGCUGGGUUCCCACGCUGCUCCCCUGGACUCCUCGGCAGAGCUGCUCUCGGCCCUUAGCCCCGAAGAACGGCAGCUGCUGGAAGCGGUGAUGGAACGCGGCUACCCACUGCGUACGGCCAUCAUCGCCCUGCAGAAGACCGGCCAGAGCAGCCCAGAGCAGAUCCUGAGUUACUUGGUUGCAUGUGACCGGCUGUGUGAGCUUGGCUAUGAUGAAGCUCAAGUGGAGGAAGCUCUGGAGAUGUUCCAGAACUGCGAGACAAAGGCUGAGGAGUUUCUUCACCUGCUCACACAGUUUCAUGAGAUGGGCUUCCAGCAAAACGCCAUUAAAGAGGUGCUGCUCGUGCACGAAAACCACCGUGAGCGCGCCCUGGAGGAGCUCAUGAUGCGUGUUGCGUGACCUGAUCCCUGUAUCUAGAGAAAUGGCUUACAACCAAGAUUCCCUAUCUCAGUUCUUCAUCCAGCACACCUGAUUCAGCUCAUUCUCCAUUUCACAAGCUGUCCUGUGAUUGGUCAGGUUUAGUGUAGAAAUCAAAACAUGCAAAAUGUGCUGAAAAGAAAAGAAAAAGUGCUUGGGGGUCCCAGGGCAGAUGUUGGAAACCCUUGGCUUUCAGUAAUCAGUGAGAACUGUGGCCUUGAUGGGAAAGCAAAGCUUUCAGUGCAACUUGUACAGUGGAAAUACGCAUACAGAGGACAUUUAGCUAUAUUGAUUAUUCUAGUUGACUUAAUUAUCAAUUAAAGUUUAUGACUUUGCAUUAAACAUGCAUUCUUAAACUGUCAUAACUUAGAAAUCUGUCAAAAUGUUAUAAAUCUUUGUUUACAUGUUGACUGAACCUGUUCACAUUGUAUUUAAGGAAUGUUUGUAUUAAAUAAACUCUGUAAUGUAUAAUGUCUGAUUUGUGAUUUAGUGUUUAGUGGGUUUUUUUUCAAUAAAUGAGCUUUUC